AUGUCACAUGUCACAUAUGCACGUGGCGGACCUUGUUUCUUUUGGAAUGGAUCACGUUUUUUGUCCUUCCUUGAGGUGUUUUACCUAGACAUAGCAAAAUGUCCUCAGUUGUUAAACACAAAGAAGAGGAAAAUUUUUGACAUUGCUAUCACAUAUGGCUGCUUUCAUAUUAAUCUUGUUUAUGGCAAGAUACUGAUGAAAAUCGGUGAAAAGGGAUCUCUUUUCUUUAUCUGGCUUAGAGAUGUUCGAUAUGGAUGUCUUCACCCGUUGGGAAUCUCCGAUGGCAGAAUCAAAGAUAAUCAAUUUACGGCUCCAUCAGCUUUUGAUAACGAUUUCACGACUUUCGGUGCUCACAGAGCGAGGCUCAAUACAACAGGAUAUCGUUCUGCACCAGAAAACGCCGGUGAAAGUUGGUUGAAAGUAGACCUUGGGCAUACUGUGGUUGUUACAGCGAUUGCAACACAAGGUUACGGCAAUCCAGAAGUUAAGGAAUGGGUUACUGCCUAUAUUUUGCUGUAUAGCCAAGGCUCAGAUUAUGUAAAUUUUAAGGAUACCAAUGGAGAAACACAGUUUUUUGUUGGAAACAACGACAGUAACACCAUAAGGUUAAAUCGCAUGAUCCUUCCAGUAAAAGCAAAUGGAGUCACGCUGAUGCCGAUGGGUUUCAAAGAUAAUGUCGGCCUUCGACUGGAGCUGUAUGGCUGCAAAUCAGAUUAUUAUCUUGUGGCCUUGUUGAUGUUGAGUAAGACGCCAUAUACAGUGGAUUCCCUGGCUUCAAGAAUGAUUGACGGCAAUGAUUUGGCUCAAAUGUUUGGAGAUGUGGAAGAUCAGGUGAGGGAUCUACUAAGCCAUACCCCGGGGUUUUUAAGUGUCCAAGCUCUACACUUCAGCCCACGAGAGUCUCCCAGGAAGGGAGAAGGCACAGUGAUGACAGCGGAGGUAAAAAUCGAAUGCCUUCGAGCCGGCCAAUCGCAUAUUAUAGCACAACUAAAAGAAGAGAUCGAUUACGUGGAACUCCAAUACACAGCCGACCAAACAAAAUUUCUUGCAAAUAUUUCCCUGAACCUGAGCACAACCUUAGAGGGAGCAAAAGAAAUACUUCCAGGCCAUUCAUACAGAAUUCAUGCAAUUUUGUCGUCAUCUGAGUCAAAUUCGACCAUGGCAAUGUAUACACAGUUAAACUUCGAAUGGGAACUUUCCACAGUGGAUGAAAAUACCGGACAAUUUUCUCCUUUCGUCAUCCUCGUUGACAAUGCAGCUAACAUAACAGUGACUCCUGACCUGCCCGUGGGAUUUACCUAUGUUCGUGUGUCUGCAAAACCGAAAGCAAUAAUUGGAGCCAUCUCUUACACGUUUGGUUUUAUAAGAAUUCUGCCUCAAUUGAGAGCAUUUGUUUCCGGCCCAAACACGGCCUUUAAGGGCGGUGGUCCUAUUGAGCUAAGUGUAGUAACUACUGGUGUACUGGGUACCUCAUUUGGUAUUGAGGCACCUAACUUGGAGUAUCUAUGGAGUUGUAGAGAGCGCAACGAAACUACGUCUAACGCAACCUUUGUGGCUGGUUAUGGGUCUCGUUUUUUCAACUACACGAGUGCUAAAGGAUGCUUUGCUUAUGAUCCUGGAAUUUCGCAUUCUACAAACACACAAAGUGUGUUAAUAAAUCCAGACUUCAUGGUGGCUAAGCGAGCGUAUGUUUUUCAAGUACUUGUAACGCAAGGAAAGAGAUCUGUUUUAAUAUCUCACACAAUCUUCGUGGACACAAACUUAUCAUUUGCAAUCAGAUGUGUUGCAAACUGUGAAGAGAAAGUCAGCACUAGGAAGAGAUUUGCAUUAGAAGCUCAUUGCUCGGGGAUGUCUUGUCCCUUUCUCAGACACCAUCAAUGGUCUCUUUUCGUCAAAUCUAACAAGAGCUCCAAUGAAUCGUGGAGAGCGAUGGGAAACUUGGCAAACAUAUCUCUGACAUCCUUGACAGGUCCAAGUCUGAUUAUAGAAAAAGGAGACGCACUUUACCAAAAAAGUGCCCUGCUGUCCAACCAAACUUACAAACUACUCAUGGUUGCCUGGUUGGACGAUGGUAAUUACGCAGAAAAUAGUUACGUUUUUCAUACAAAUGUCCCACCAUAUUCUCAAAGCGACAACACUGGAUGUUUCGUGGAUCCUACGAGUGGAGAAGCAAUCACAACAAAGUUUCAUGUGGAAUGUGCCAACUGGACAGAUUCUGACUUGCCUCUCACUUAUCAAUUUGCUUACAAAACUCAGUUUGGCGUUGUAGCUUUUCACACAGGAUGGCAACCAAACGUGACAACGGAGCUACCAAUGGGAGACAAACUGACAAAUUAUUCCCUUGACCUACGGUUGGAAAUUUUAGAUUCACUCGGUGACUAUUCCGUUGUGUAUUUAGCUGUUCAGGUUACACCUCCUAAAUAUUCAAAUAUGAUGGAGUCCCAAGGUCAACUGGAUAACCUAUUUGCAAGCGGAGAUAUUGAUAGAGCUAUGCAGAUGGCUUUUGCCCUGCUUUCUGCGGCUGGUGAUUCAGAUGGUGCUCAAUCGUACAAAAGCUCAUUGAUCGACAAAAUGGAAAAUAUCAAAGUCGGUAGUGUAGAGCAGGCGACGAUGGUGGUAGGAGUUCUCGCUAUGGCCACAGAUAAUGACGAUGGAAUAUCAGGGGAUUCUCAGGAAAAGGCUUUGAACUUGCUUGGUAGCACCGUGGACUUCCUUUCAUCUCAAAUGUCAAAUGGUUCGAUGGACACGGAAUUGGUACAGAGUUUAGGCACCAGUCUCUUUAGUGGAAUUGGAAACGUGCUUGGAGUAGCCUCUGGUGAGGCUGGGGCCGAGAGUGAUGAUGCUGAAGGAGAAGAUGAAGAAGACAUAGAUUCUGACAAAGGCCAGGUUGACUCGGAUGAAAUGAAGGAAAAGAGCAAGCAAAGGGCCCAAAAUGCUUUAAAUCUGGUGUCACAAGUGGGAGAUAGCCUGCUUUCCACAAAAGCUGUGGGGGAAAAGCCCACUGUGUUCAAGACCAAGUCCAUGGGAGUUGUGCUAGAUCGUCAAAGAAGCUCCGAUAUGGGAGGCAAGAAGCUUGGCGAGGGCUCCAACGGUGUGGCUUUACCCUCAGCAGACUCUCUUUUUGGUAACAAUGGGCCUGACGCCGUUGAUUCACAGAUGUUGGCAUUUAAGGAUAACCCCUUCACAUGGGAUAUGAGCGCAAAAACGGUUAAGUCUUCAGUUAUUGACUUCAAACUCAAGUCUAAAGGAGGUGAUGCGUUAAACAUCUCAGGGCUUCAGGAACCAGUUGAGCUAUUUAUUCCAAUAGCGAGCCAGGAAGGUCCUUCCGAUAAAGACAACAGCUCAGCCGAAAGCUUGUUUUUUAAACCAAGUAAUGGAACGUCAAAUCUUCGCUACCACAGGUUUUUGGUUUCAUCUCACGAAGUGCAAGUAACGAUACAAAUAAAGCCCGAGAAAGGGAGACGGGUGGAUGUCUUCGUCAACUACAGAACGAAACCAACACCUCGUCGCAAUGUUUUUAACACCACUAUCCCAAAUUGGUCUUCCUGUACUAACUACAGUGGUAAAUCUUCGGACAUGCUAAAUUGUUCCUCGGAUCCUUACACUUUCACAUUUUCGAGUUUAAUAUCUGGUCAUACUGGCCCUCACUUUCUUGGCAUUCGAUAUAUAAAAAGAGAUGGUGAAGCUCAAUCAAACAUCACUUCUAAGCGAAAAAGAAGAUCAUGUGGUCUCAUCCAUGGACGCAUGAAAAGGUCAUGCGUAGAUGUCAAAGACCCUCCUACCACACCUCCCCCGACACCUAUGAUUAUAGUCCCAAAGUACGACUCUUCUACGGAUGUAAAUUACUCGUUGAGUAUCUCUGUAAGCGGUUGCCUGUACUGGUCAGAAACGAAAGAGAAAUGGACGGGAGAAGGAUGCAAGGUUGGACCGAAGUCAAACUCGAAACAGCUACACUGCCUAUGUACUCAUCUCUCUGCAUUUGGUGGCGAUUUCUUUGUUGCACCAAACCCCAUAGACUUCGACAAAGUUUUUGCAGCAUUUGGCAGCUUGGCUGAGACAGGCAACUUUGUUGUGCUAUCCACAGUUUGUGCCCUUCUUGGACUCUAUGUAAUCGGUCUUAUAUUGGCCAGGAGAGAAGACAAGCGCGAUGAGUUAAGGGUGAUAGCAAACGUUUGCAUCAACGAGAAUCAAGGAGACAACAAAUACCUUAUAUCCAUACAGACUGGUAUGUGGAGAGCUAAUGGAACUACCGCAAAUGUGGGUUUGGCUAUUCAUGGCAGCGAUGGAAAUACAGAGGAUAUCACCCUGACUGAUUCUCAGUCGGAGAAGAUCUUCUUCUCUAGAGGCAGCAUCAACAAUUUCACCCUAAGUCUACCAGAGGCACUUGGUUCACUAGAGAAGAUCCGUAUCUGGCACGACAACAGCGGAGAUAAUCCGUCUUGGUUCUUGACGCAAGUGCUCAUUGUGAACAUGUCGACAGGAGAAAAAGCACAUUUCGUGGCGAACAGAUGGAUUGCGGUGGAAAAAGAAGACGGGAAGUUGAAUCUUGAGUUAAAAGUCUCUGGGAAGAACGAGAUUUCAGGUUUCAAAAACUUAUUCUACUCGAGAACAGCCACAAGCCUUGGAGACAAGCAUCUCUGGUUGUCAAUUUUCACUCGACCACCACAUAAUCCAUUCACUCGGGCUCAGCGUCUGGCAUGCUGUAUUUCUAUUCUAUUUGCUGCCAUGGUUACCAAUGCCAUGUUUUACAAUUUCGGUACACCACCUGGAGACGCGGUGCAGAUCGGUCCCCUCAAAGUGAGUCUUACACAGAUUAAGAUCGGCAUCCAAAGUAGUAUAGUUGCUAUCCCUGUUAACGUACUGGUUGUAACCAUCUUCAGACAGUUAAAAGCGAAGGAAACAGGCAAUGACGAAGAUGAUGGUGCAAAACGCAGAGGAUGCUUACCUCAUUGGUUUGUCUACGUUGCCUGGUUUAUCUGCACCAUGGCAACCCUGACUUCAGCUGCGUUUAUUGUAUUCUACAGUCUCAUGUGGGGUGCAGAGACAUCCAAUGAAUGGCUUGUGUCAGUAAUGGUGUCUUUCUUUCAAGAUGCCAUAGUCAUGCAGCCACUCAAAGUUCUAUUGGUUGCAUCCAUACUGUCUGUUUUGGUGAAGAAACCUCCAGAACAGGAGAAAAUAAUGGGUGCAGAAGUUCAAAGGAACGCGGCUGGAGAGGUCAUCACUCCCAAUAAGUCAGAACUUGAGAGGGCUCGAAAGUUUAGAGGCAGUCUCGUUCAAAUUGGUCGCAAGGUUGUAGAAUUUACUCUUUUUGGAAUAUUUAUACUUCUUAUGAUGGUGGUGUGCUACGGCAACAGGGGUGUUGAACGAUUCAUGGUUACUCAGUCGAUGGACAACCUUUUUCAAACAUUUGCCAUAAAGGUCAAAGACACCCCAACUUUCUGGGAAUGGUCAAAGAAAUUUCUCGUGCCAAACUUGUAUGAAGUCGAUUGGUAUAAUAGCCGCAGCUUUGAGUACAAGGAAGGAUUCCUCAGUAACCGAGCAGCUUACUUAGUCGGUAUGCCGAGAAUGCGACAGUUAAGGAUUAAAACAGAAAAGAAUUGCACCAUAGCAAAGAAAGAACCAUCCCUGGCACGUCAGUUUGUUAGAUGCGUUCCUUUCUACACAAGCGAGACGGAAAGCGUAUCCCAAUUCAACAGACCAGGAUGGAUCCCUGUAAAAAAUGCCACAGCCUUUUACACAGAGUACGAACUCGAAAAUCAGUGUCCUAAGCCUUGGCGGUAUCUCAAAUCUGAUGAUCUUCAAGUAAGACCCUUUGGGGGCCAAAUGGCUACAUUUGUCGGUGGAGGGUACGUUGCGGAUCUUGGGUAUAAUUCUCGUACAGCACUGAAAGUUAUCAGAGUUUUAGAGGAAGACAACUGGAUUGAUGACCUAACCAUGGCUGUUUUCACUGAAUUUACCAUUUUUGAACCGUCCAGCUCACUCUUUUCUACUAUAAAACUUCUGUUUGAAAGAUUCCCGACAGGUGGAUCCAGUGCCAGGGUAUCAAUUAAGACUCUAUCACUGUAUGCCUCGUCUAAUCCUGACUCCAGGUCGCUCUUUCAAGUUUGCCAACUUCUGUUAAUGAUAAUUCUGAUCGUCUUUUUGUUUGCGGAGAUUGGAAAACUGCGUCGUGAGAAAUGCUCUUAUUUUAAACAAGUAUGGAACUGGUUGGAACUUUUGCAGAUCGCCAGCACAAUCUGCUCAUUGGUAUUCUUCUUCAUCAAAGAAUCUCAAACGAGCAAGUACGUGAAAAAACUUCAAGAAAAUCCCUUCCAGACGUCAAGCCCUGACAAGAUUGAGUUUAUGUCUGAUAUGGAAACGUAUGUACUUUCUUUCGUCAUCUUCAUAAUGACAAUCAAGUUCUUAAGGCUGAUUAAGUUUAACAGCCACGUUUGUCAAGUUUUAGGAACAAUGCAGAAGGCAGCCAACAAUGUGCUUUCCUUUAUGAUUGUAUUCGUUACAAUUCUGUUAGCUUACACUCAAGUUGGAUUUUUGGUAUUUUCAUCCGACGUCGAUGCGUACAGAUCAUUUUACAGCUGUUUACGAGCCAUGUUGCUAUUGCUUUUUGGAGGCGAAAUGCGUUUGGAUGAAUUACGAUCUACAAGCAGAUUCAUUGCUCCGUUGUUUAUCUUCGGAUAUCUGUUUUCCAUGGCGAUGGUUCUCUUAAAUAUGUUUCUUGCGAUCCUAAAUGAGUCUUACUACGAGGUCAAGAACAUGGAUGAUGGAGAAACGUUUGCCGACGCCGAGCUGGGGGCAUUCGUGGCAGAUUAUAUGAAGGACAAAUAUCACAGAGUAAAAGAUGACACUUUGGAACUAAUAGAGGAAACAAUUAACGGAAUCAUAAGCUUUAUUCGUGGAGACAGAAAACAGUCUGAAGACGAGGCUCCCUUGCAGAGCCGACCAGAAGAGUCUCAGAGCGAAGAAGCCAAACUUGCCUCUCUAGACUCUAUGGAUGAUAUUGGAGGUGACGAUGAUAGGAAUGGUGGAGAAGCAGAUCAUCUUGUCAAGACUGGUUCCAGGGAGAACCUGUCAGACUUAAUGUGCGAAAGUGUAUCGCUCAGUGACCUUAAGGAAGCGAUUCUUCAGAUUGGCCGUGAAAUGCGCCAAUCCGUGACGUCACUCACUUCAGCUGUCAGUAAUUCAUCAUUGUACGAAAAAACCCCGAAAAAAGCUGUUCAUUGGCUGGAUGAGGAAGGAGAAUCAUUGAACUGUGACAAUCGAACCUCGUCAUAUUUCUUUUCUCUUGGUAGCUACCUCGAAGACAUCUGGCAAAAAGAGGAAGAAAGGAGAAAGAGAACUAAGAAAAGUCGGCCGAAAGGUCAUCGUCAUCGUGGUUACAAACGGCGGCACAGACCCACUCGCCAGGAGAUUUACAUGACAAAAAAUGUACAGUAACCAGUAAAACAGAGAGUUAUUAAUAUUUAAAGACACAUCUGAGUUAUGAAGACAUUAACAAAGAACCCUUAAAAACAACAAUUGUCAAGGAGAUGGCUGAGGUAUAAUUUUCCCCGAGCCCUUUAAAAUUUCCUUGAAGGUCGUCUGCUCCUGCAAAUAUCGUAGUCGGGAGACUUCUUUUUCUAUAACUUUCAUUCACUUUUCGGCUUUUGUCUUUUAUUCUCAUCUACAUUCCCAGGAAAAACUCGACAAGGGUAAAAUUUGCUGAUUCAGUUGCGGCCCAAAUAGUUCUGAAACCACUCAACACCUGAUCAAGACAUUAAAACAGUUCAUUCAAAAAUCUGUCGUGAUACAUAAGUUAAAAAAAGAAUCCUUGAAAAGAACUAUUGUUAAUAAGAGAGGAGUAAAAAAAUAGAAGUUUUUUAUUUAGUCUGGUCAUACCUACGAGUAGACGAUACCAUGUUGAU